CAGACACGCACAGAUCCUGCCUUUGCGGAAGCCAGAGGAGCCGAGGCGGCGCUAAAUUAAAUUAGCAUACUAACUAGUUAGCUGUGCGCCGAUGUGGAUGGACGGGUGAACGGAGCUGCACGAAGAAACACACGUUUUCUAAAGUCAAGACACCGCCGGUUCCGAGCUCAUUUUGUUGGGAUCUUCCUGCCGUCCGCCUGCCGAGGAGAUGGGGGACAAGGCGGGCACCAGAGUUUUCAAGAAGUCGAGCCCCAACUGUAAGGUGACAGUUUACCUGGGAAAGAGAGACUUUGUGGAUCACCUGGACCAUGUGGAUCCAGUAGACGGAGUGAUCCUCGUCGACCCCGAGUAUCUAAAGGACAGGAAAGUCUUCGUCACGCUGACCUGUGCGUUUCGAUAUGGACGUGAGGACCUGGACGUGCUGGGUCUGUCCUUCAGGAAGGAUCUCUACAUCUCCACCUUCCAGGCCUUCCCUCCGGUGCCUGAGGAGCGGAAACCAAACAGCCGGCUGCAGGAGAGGCUUCUGAAGAAACUUGGCCAGCAUGCACACCCCUUCUACUUCACUAUUCCUCAGAACCUCCCUUGUUCAGUCACUUUACAGCCUGGCCCAGAGGACACUGGGAAGGCCUGCGGCGUCGACUUUGAGAUCAGAGCUUUCUGUGCCAAGUCGAUAGAAGAGAAGAUUCACAAGAGGAACUCUGUGCGUCUGGUGAUCAGGAAGGUUCAGUACGCUCCGGAGAAACCUGGUCCUCAGCCGAUGGUGGAGACGACCCGCAGCUUCCUGAUGUCUGACAGAUCCCUGCACCUGGAGGCCUCUCUGGACAAGGAGCUGUAUUAUCACGGAGAGCCCAUCAGCGUCAACGUUCACGUCACCAACAACUCCACCAAGACCGUGAAGAGAGUCAAGAUUUCCGUGCGUCAGUAUGCAGACAUCUGUCUGUUCAGUACUGCCCAGUAUAAAUGUCCAGUGGCCCAGCUCGAGGCAGAUGACCAGGUGUCGUCCAGCUCCACCUUCUGUAAGGUGUACACUCUGACCCCGACGCUCGACAAGAACAGAGAGAAGAGAGGACUCGCUCUGGACGGAAAACUCAAACAUGAAGACACCAACCUGGCCUCCUCCACCAUUGUGAAGGACGUCACCAACAAAGAGGUUCUGGGGAUCCUGGUCUCCUACAGAGUCAAAGUGAAGCUGGUGGUCUCACGCGGAGGGGACGUGUCGGUGGAGCUGCCCUUCAUCUUAAUGCAUCCUAAACCUGUGGAGCCGCCGGUGUCCCGCCCACAGUCAGCUGUGCCAGAGAUGGACCCCCCCAUCGACACCAAUUUGAUAGAAUUCGACACAAACAGCAUCUCCCAGGACGAUGACUUCGUCUUUGAGGACUUUGCUCGCCUGCGACUCAAAGGCGUCGUGGAUGACAAGGACGAGGACUGCUAGGAGCUCGCCAUAAGCUCAUACGCUUGCUUCAAAACCACCACACACACAUAUAAAUACACACAAACACACACACACUCUUCAUGUUACAUUCCCCAGUGGAGGGGAUGGAUGAGGGCAUGUUUUGGACGGAGGCCUCACAGGGGCUCGGUGGUGUUCUUCCUCUCUUGCUUCAGCCAUUCGUCACGCCGCUGCCAUUUCUCACCGCCGUCUUCUUCAUCUGUCUUCUCCGUUCCCCCAUUUUUUUUCUUCUUUUUUUGUUGAAGGUUGAGAAACUGUAAAUGUUAACCAGCUGCAGGACAGAUGUUGACGGUCUGGAUCGAAAUCUCUGCUGUUCCUUUGUUUGUAGUCAGGGACGUUCAGGUGUGGGGGGUGGGACUUGGUCCCAGGUGUAAAGGGAAGGAUUGAACCGCCAAAAAAGAACGAAAAGACACGUAGGAAGCCGAAGAGUUGCAGGAGCAGCAGCGUUCAUCCUCUUUUACUUUGUUUUGUUUGCCGUUUGCUGCGGCGACGAUCACCGUCUUGUACAAAUAGGAUAUAUAUUUGAAAUAUAGAAAAAAAUAAUCUACGAGCAGUCGAGAUCCGUGUUCAGUGGUGAUCGCCGUUUUUCUUCGAGUAAAUACUGUAGAUGCUUUUUACAUCAUGGCUGCAAAGGGAGGAAACACACAGAAACACAAACACACACAGACACACACUCACAGCAGUCUUACACAAGCGACUGAAGUUCGAUUUCACCAGCAUCCACUCUCCCGCUCUCGUCACGCUCUGAACUUGAACCCCACCCUCCCCUCACUCCCUCACCUCCUCACCCCCUCACCUCCGCCCCGUCCAUUCUGUAAAACGUUUUUCACGUUGUCACGUUCUGUCGGCUGCACGUUUUUCUUUUGUUUUUGAUUCCCACAAACCAUUCCAGCGUUGACGGAGUCGUUUCCUUUUCAUUUAAAACACUUUCAGAAGUUAAAGAAGUAGUUUGGUGUCGUUUGUAUUUUUCUUACUGUCGGCAAAUUUUCGGCAAAAGAUCAAAACUAAAAAUUAGAUAUGAACUCUAGAUAGUCUCCAGCUUCCCUCCUCUGUGGCUCUCAUCUCCAAACCCAUUAAUUCCUACUUAAGAUAUACAUUUUUUAAAACCUCUCUCAAAUAUACAUUUUUAUUUUUAACCUUGACCUGCAGGUGAGUUUACCAGGGUCCGAGUUAUGACACAACUUCUAAACAAAGCCUCACCGACUCAGGCUGAUGUAUAAGCCAGGAGAAUUUGUCAGACUUAAUAUGUAAUAUCUAUUUAAUUCAUUUGGCAUGGUCGUUUUUAUCAAGGAGGAAAUACAGAAUAUAUUGAGUAUUUUGAGAUCUCAAGAGUUAAAUCAGAAUAUUUUGGGGGGAAAAAAGCAUCAUUUCAUGGACAAAAAUCCUAAAUUUUACAAGAAAAACUUGAAAUGUUUACACAAGAAGGCCUGAAUUUUCCCCACUGGUUCCCCUUGAAAAUGUAAUACUUUAAAAGAAACAAUGGUUUAAUGUCAAACUAGACUUGCAGGCAGGUAUAUCAGGGUCUGUUACUGCCAUCUAGUGGCUUUUCUGAUUAAUACAACUUGUUAAAUUCUUUAACAUGAAGUAUGUUUGUUCGUAUUCCAAUACUGGAUAAUGCAAAACAAGACCUGGAUAAAAUUGUUUGCAGAAGUAGAGUUUUGAAAAUCCCAGGUGUCUGACAGUAAGAAAAAAUAAAACAUCAUUAGACUUCUCUUUACAUUUCACUUUUUCUUGUUGCACCAGGUUUGAAGAUGUUUUUAAAUCAGGUUUCUGAUGUUUCUCAGGCUCGUUUAGCUGCACAUUUACAGCAGACAUCAGUCAAAGACAUUAACUUAUUUGGGUAAAUUGAGGUUUGACUGAGAUAUUUGACCUUCGUCUGGUAUAAACUGGUCUGGGUAUGUACAGUUCUCUGUCGAUCAGCACUCCUUCAGUUGUUAAAGUGCUUUAAAAUUGAUGUUAAACUCGUCUUGAGUUUGGAGCUGAGCAGUAAAAUUUUGUUGAAACAGUCUGUGACUCGGUCCCGCCUGGUUUAAACCAUCAAACUGUCAUUGUUGGCUCAUUAGAGGGAAACAUUGGAGGUUUUUUCUGUUUGGGUUAUUAACAUCAUCUGUGUUUAAAAUCCAAACCAAAUAUGAAAAAUGAAAAUUAAGGUUCAUUUCUGAGGGAUCAGGCUUGUAACUUAGUAACCACUGUAAACUGCUUUGUGCCUUCUAGAUCUCACUGUUGCCAAUAUGUUUUAAAUGCCACUCCCUCUUUCCAUUAAAAAAAACAGAAUUUGCAGCGUUUUCAAUGACAAACUAAGACGCAAUUUGUCAUUUGUUUGUUACUUUGGCCAUAAAUUACAGAAAAUACUGUAAGUAGUAGAAAAAAGCCAAUUAUUGUUAUUGCUGGGUGAUAAAUCAGAGUUAUACUGUAAGUCAAGUUGUAUUUUGGACAUAAAGUGAUUCGGACUUGUGUCAAAAUGACUUAAAAAGCAGGAUAAUAAACUGUAUUUUAAAGAAAAACAUAGACCUGCACAAGAGCAUCUGAUUUUACAUUACUUAAUAAUACAAAUACAUUUCUCUGGUAAAAUUACAAUAUGAAUUUUCUCUCAAAAUUGUUGCUCAGUUGUUGUAAUAUUGUGACUUAAUUCUUGAAAUAUACGUAACUCUUGUAAUAUUCUUUUUUUCCUCUUCAAAUAACUUGUUCUUUAAAUAUUAAGCUUUAAUUAAUUAUAUUUACAUUAUAUUUCACUUGUGUAACUAUGAUUUCAUCACAGCCUUUUUCCCAUUCAUUUUAACGAGUAAUUUGACUUUUUUCCUUAUUAAAAUAACUUUAUUCUCUUAACAACACUCAAAAUCUUUUGAGAAAUUGCUGAUAUUUUAUUUCCCUAAAUUUCUAUCGUAAGAAUAUCUCCUUUAAGGUUGAUGCCAUGUGACAAAUUAUUGUACAAAUGUAAAAAUUACCAAAUAUUAAAAUGCUGCCAUGAAGAACUCAUUAGCCAAUGAAAACUGUAAAUGAGACGGGAUUAAAACAAACCAAAAUGGCUCCAGUGUUUCCCUCCACAUGAACCUCCUGCCUCUUUUUCUCCCGAACCAUCGUCCAUUUUUAAAUUUUUUAUUUUCUUCAUUAAAACUCAGACAUGAUGUGAAGGACUUCAGCAGCUCGGGUAUUAUUAUUAUUAUCCUCUAUUAGAUUUCUUCUGUGUUCAUUCUUUAAAAAAAAACAGGCGGCUGAGAGAUGUUCGGAGGUUGUGGCUUUCCAACAUUUGUGCGUCGCCAUCGAAUCUGUCUCUUUAACAAGUUUUUGUGUUUUUACCCCCCCCCCCCAAGAAAAAAACAAAAACCUGCACAGAUCAACAUUUCGGAUGACACAGGAGCACUGCACUUUCAUCAGACAAACAAACCCAGAGAACUGCAGACAUUUUUGUUUAGGUUUUUUUUUUUUUUUUUUUUCUUAUUUCACGAAACAAAAAUGAAGAAUGUUGAUUUUUUUUUUAUGCUUGGCCAUUUUUUUGUUCUUUUUUUGACAAGUUUCGAGGCUCAGCAGGUCGUCGACUUGCAUCACACAAACCAACAAACUUAGAUUUUUUUUAAAUCUAAAAACUGCCAAAUUCCCUCCUUCCCUCCCUCCUUCGCUCAGUCAAUCAGUCAGUCAGUCAUUGAAGCUGCGACCCAGAAGGGAAGAAGAAGAAACCGACACAGAGCAUGUUUUAAAUUUUUGAUUACAUUUUUUUUUCUCCAAGCAGUGCUGUGAAUCGUACGAGCUGUGAUUCUGUCCUUAUUUUGUCGUGCAUAUGUGGGGUAACUUUGCUAAGUGUUAAAAUAUUUUGACAAGUGCCACGCCCCGGCCUGUGCGAUGCUUACCAUAAUGUCUAUAAAACAGGAGGUGAUUUCUGCUGGUGGGACGAACACCAGAAAAGAUAGAAUUACAAUUAUUACGCUUCUGAUUAUUAUUAUUAUUAUUAUUAUUAUGGUGACUAUUAUUAUUAUUAUUAUUAUUAUUAUUAUUAUUACUUCUACUGUAUCAUCAUUUGCGACCAUGAUUAUUCUCAUAAUCAUUUAAGAGUCUAUUGUUUUGCCAUGUAUUUUUUAUUUUGAGAUUUUUAUUUUAGUUUUGUUUUUAUUAUUAAAGGUAAAAUGAACUAACA